AUGUGGGCUACCAGUGGACCAUGGUGGGUGUGGGCCACCAGUGGACCAUGGCGGGUGUGGGCCACUAGUGGACCAUUGUGGGUGUGGGCCACUAGUGGACCAUGGCGGGUGUGGGUCACUAGUGGACCAUGGCGGGUGUGGGUCACUAGUGGACCAUGGCGGGUGUGGGCCACUAGUGGACCAUUGUGGGUGUGGGCCACUAGUGGACCAUGGCGGGUGCGGGCCACUAGUGGACCAUGGCGGGUGUGGGUCACUAGUGGACCAUGGCGGGUGUGGGCCACUAGUGGACCAUUGUGGGUGUGGGCCACUAGUGGACCAUGGCGGGUGUGGGUCACUAGUGGACCAUGGUGGGUGUGGGCCACUAGUGGACCAUGGCGGGUGUGGGCCACUAGUGGACCAUGGCGGGUGUGGGCCACUAGUGGACCAUGGCGGGUGUGGGCCACUAGUGGACCAUUGUGGGUGUGGGCCACUAGUGGACCAUGGCGGGUGUGGGCCACUAGUGGACCAUGGUGGGCGUGGGCCACUAGUGGACCAUGGCGGGCGUGGGCCACCUACCACCACAUUAGUCAGGUGUUAUCAGGGUCAUCUAGGGUCCCACAGACCAACUGCGAGCAACACAAGCCAAAAAACCUGCAUUGUCGUCCAUUAUUCUAA